AUGUAUAAUGUGCGGGAUUCUUGGGUUUCCACCAUUCCCCCCUCAAUACCGGAGGCAGAAAGUAUGAACAUUCAACCAACGGCUGUUCUUGAAAAGAACAUGCCUACCGCAAAGUCACGAUUGUCAAUUAUCAUACAGAAGGGAUCAUCGAGGAAAACAUUUAAUGGAGGAUUUAUUGGUUCACCUACAACUAUCAAUGAAGUCAACGAUUCAGAAAAUUAUGUGGAUUUACUGUCUUCUCAAUCUCUGUCAUCAGUUCGACCAAUUUCAACCGUGUCUUCAUCCACAGAUUCUUGGCAUUCUGUGGCAUCCUCGUUCACAUCAGUUUCCAUUGGUACUAACAACCAAGAUAGUAUGUCAGAUACUACGUCAAUAAUUAGCACCUCUCCAUCAUAUAGUCAUUUAAUCCAGCAUCGACACUCGAUCCCAAGUGAAUCCGAUAACGUUAGUUCCAACGACUCUCAUUAUGAUGGCGAAACGACGCGACGUUCAUCAAUGCCCAGCCUAUCCGAUCAUCAUAACUCGGAACCUAAUUCUACCAAAGUUUCUAUAUCCGGAGUGCCUCAUGACUUGCCAACCACGGUUAUGGAAGACGCGAAUAGAAAAGUUGAAGCCAAAGAAUUGGAGAUAGCUUUGUCCCGAAGUCGAAGCUCCAAUCGAAAAAAUGCACCCUCACUACCAGUUCCUUCACAUAACGACAUAUUUAAUGCCCGAGUAUCCAAGGCAUCGCUUCGCAUGAGUUUAAACACUAGAAUGCAGAAGCGAUUGAACAUAGCUUUGGAAAUUAUAAACACCGAGCGUCAUUACGUGGAGUGUUUAUUGCUUGUGCAAAGAUUGUUUUUCGAUCCCCUCACCGAAUCAUUAUCAACAGGAAAUCCGAUACUGAGCAAAAAAUCCAUCAGCAAGAUCUUCGCGAAUAUGCCUGAUUUAAUCAGCAUUAAUACCGAGCUUUUGAGAAGGUUAGAGGAAAGAAUCGCUGGUCCUAUCGGCGAUGAUGACGAGGACGAUGUUGAGUUCGACUUUUGGGAUCCAGAGAAUGGAAGCAUAGGAGACAUUUUUUUGGACAUGGCUCCAUUCUUCAAAAUGUACUCGAUUUAUGUUAAAAAUUUCAAUUCUGCUCUGGCUGUCAUCGACGAUCAACUUAGAGAAAACCCACAAUUUUCUGAAUUUUUCAGGAACGUAAUUAAGACUGGUCAAUGCAAAGGGCUGACUUUACAGGCCUACUUGAUUAUGCCAGUGCAGAGAAUUCCGAAGUAUAAAAUGUUGCUAGAGAAUUUGUUAAGGAAAACGACGGAAACCCAUCCUGAUUACCUUAAUUUGAAAAAAGCAUAUCAAGUGAUUGAAAAUGUUGCCACAUUUGUCAAUGAAACUAUUCGUCAGCAUGAGAUGUUUAUCACGAUGCUUGAGAUUCAGAAAUCGCUAGCAGGAUUCGAUGAAGUAUUACUGAUUCCUGGGAGACGAUUCAUUAAAAGAGGGACCGUCAAGAAGAUAUGUCGCAGAAACCUCAAACAGCGUGAAUUCUUUUUAUUUUCGGACGUAUUGAUAUAUGCAAGUCCCUCUUUGAUGGAAAAUAUGUACAUGUUUCAUCGAAAAAUUGAUUUGGAGGAUGUCAUGGUGCUGGGUGUGGAAGACAAUGACAAUGAAAAUGAAAAAAACGCGUUUCAAAUUCUUAGCUCUCAGAAGAGUUUCACAGUUUACGCAGACACUUCCAAGGAUAAGGAGUCAUGGAUCAACGUUAUUCGUGAGACCAAAGAUGAAUAUUUAAGUGCUAAGAGAACAUUGAAAAUUGGCGGUCAUACCAGAGAUAUUUCGGAGGGCAAAGGUGGUGGAAGUAAUAUGUCGAACUCGGUAUUGCCACAA